UGUGUGUGCGGAAACUGACAGGUAGAGAGCUGCCGUCUCUCGGUGAGUCGCAGGCAAUGCAGCGAACAGAUUUAGUAAAUAUUCCGCUAUGAGGUUCAUACAAACAGCCAGAUUAACCAUGUUCGCAUAACUUGCCUCCACACUUGAGUUCAGUGGUGGACGUGGGCGAAGAGACCUCAGGAACAAACGGGAAAUUCAACUGUCAGCUGGCCGGGAAAACCGAUCACACCACCCGGCUUCCGGGGAUUCAGGGGCCGCAUCGGUUGACUGCAGACGUCGGUCGGUAGCUCGGGGGAGUAAAGGCGAACAACCACAUCAUCGCCGACAUCCACCUCUCCAUUUCAGCGACUUUCGAGAUGUCGAGGAAGCUACAGAGGACAGAAGUCUGCGCUGACUGCAGUGCGCCAGACCCGGGCUGGACCAGUAUCAACCGAGGGGUCCUGAUCUGUGAUGAAUGCUGUUCAGUCCACCGCAGCUUAGGCCGCCAUAUCUCCAUAGUCAAGCACCUGAGGCACAGCGGAUGGCCUCCCGCACUACUGCAGAUGGUUCAGACCUUGGCCAGUAAUGGGGCCAACUCCAUAUGGGAACACAGUCUUCUGGACCCUGCUCAGGUACAGAGCGGUCGGAGGAAACCCAACCCCCAGGACAAAGUCCAUCCCACUAAGUCAGAGUUCAUCAGAGCCAAAUACCAGAUGCUGGCCUUUGUGCACAAGCUCCCCUGCCGCGAUGAUGAUGGCGUCACCACCAAGGACCUCAGCAAGCAACUUCACUCAAGUGUGCGGACGGGAAGUUUAGAGACGUGUCUUCGGCUCCUGUCCCUCGGCGCUCAGGCCAACUUCUUCCACCCGGAGAAAGGCACUACCCCGCUCCAUGUGGCAGCCAAGGCAGGUCAGAUCCUGCAGGCUGAGCUGCUGGUGGUGUACGGUGCAGACCCCGGAGCACCUGACAUCAACGGACGCACACCUAUGGACUACGCAAGGCAGGCGGGUCAUAUAGAGCUAGCAGAGCGGCUGGUAGAGUGUCAGUAUGAACUGACGGACAGACUAGCCUUCUACCUUUGUGGACGGCGCCCAGAUCACAAGAAUGGCCAUUAUAUCAUUCCUCAAAUGGCAGACAGAGCUCGUCCUAAGUGCCCGACACAGAGUCUGGACCUCUCAGAAUUGGCCAAGGCUGCCAAGAAGAAGCUCCAAGCGCUCAACAAUCGGCUCUUUGAGGAGUUAGCGAUGGAUGUCUAUGACGAGGUAGAUCGCAGAGAAAACGAUGCAGUGUGGCUUACAACCCAGAACCACAGCACUCUGGUCACAGAACGCAGCGCAGUGCCCUUCCUACCAGUCAAUCCUGAGUACUCUGCCACACGUAACCAGGGUCGUCAGAAGCUGGCUCGUUUCAACGCUCGGGAGUUUGCCACGCUUAUCAUCGACAUCCUGAGUGACGCCAAAAGGAGACAGCAGGGGAAAGGGCUCAGCAGUCCUACUGAUCAAUUGGAUUUGGGCAUAGAUGAUGACCAGCAUGACUACGACAGCGUAGCUUCCGAUGAAGACACAGACAGCGAGCUUACCACCCAGAACAACAACAACACACAACGCAGCAACCGUGCAAAGAGUAUGGACUCAUCAGAUUUGUCAGAUGGCCCCAUCACCCUGCAGGAGUACCUGGAGGUGAAGAAGGCUCUGGCCUCCUCGGAAGCCAAGGUGCAGCAGCUGAUGAAGGUUAACAACAACCUGAGCGAGGAGCUCCGGCGGCUUCAGAAGGAGAUCACGCGGAUGCAGACAGAGAACAGUGCACUGCGGGGGGGCCAGCAGGCUGGGGGGGCAGCUGGCCAUGGGGUAGGGGGGCCUGGUGGAGGAGGAGGCGGAGGAGGCCACUGGCAAGGGGGUGGGAUGAGAGGAAUAGGCGGAGGGGGUCUGGGUGGGUUUGGGCCAGGAGCGGACCCCCCGGGGCUGUCGGUGCCCUCCUCAGUCGCCCCCCACUCCCAUCCCCAUCGAAGGGACCGCCAGGCCUUCUCAAUGUACGAGCCAGGGGCAGCCCCAGGCCCUACGGCCCAUGGUCCCCCAGCCCUGGACUCCCUGGCAGCCCGCCUGCAGCCCCUCAACACACCCAGCGUACGGAAGGGUGGCUCAGGGGGUCCAGCACCAUAUGGAGGCCAGCAUCUGUCUGGAUCUACAGAGAUGGGCAGAUACAUGGUCCCCAAACCAGAGAAGCAUGGCAGUGGCACUGACAGCGACUAUGACAACACACAAACAUACGACCUCUCGCUAAGUAUGGGCCGCAGCAGUGAGGAGGAAGGUCGCGGGGAGUCUGAGGAGGGAGGAGGUGGGGAGGCGGGGGAGCCAGACCCCACCCUGCCCUGCACAGAGGAUGUCAUACUGAAGACUGAGCAGGUGACCAAGAACAUCCAGGAGCUGCUCAGGGCUGCUCAGGAGUUCAAACACGACAGCUUUGUUCCAUGUUCUGAGAAGAUCCACUCUGCUGUCACUGAGAUGGCCUCACUCUUCCCCAAACGCCCAGCGUUGGACGCAGUCCACUGCUCCCUCCGCCUGUUGGCUUCCAGUGCCUCGCGGUUGCAGGUUGAGUGCCGUAAGGCGGCGCCCUCGGAGCCAGGGGGCCCCGCAGUGGACUACCAGCUCCUCACUCAGCAGGUCAUCCAGUGCGCCUAUGACAUUGCCAAGGCCGCCAAGCAACUGGUCACUAUCACCACUCGUGAGAAGAAACAGUGACCCAGCAAGUGCAUGGAUGGACGGAGAGGGAAGAGGGAGAGAGAACAGAUCAAUGCAUGGGUGGGCUACGAGGGAUGGGAGGGGCUUCCAAGAGAGGAAGGAAGAGGGAAAAUAUGAUCACUGUAGAUUGGAGGACGAGGGAGGGGGAGUGAUCGGGAGAAUGAUGGGCGUGAUGAGGAAAGGAAGGGUUUGGAAUAUGCAUGGAAGAGAAAUCAGAUGAACGCAAAGAGAACUGAUUGUUUAGUAGAAACACUACAGAGGACCGUAAAAGGAGAAAUUCCACAAACAUGGAAGUGAAAGUAGGGAAGGACGAGUGGAAGGAUAUAACAUGGGAUCUACAGCCUGCUGCAACCUUAAUAAACUGUUGGAAUCAGAUGUGUAUAAUAAACCGCUUAACUGUGAUAAGCAUACGUGAAACACAAUGGUGGCGAUGUACAGCGAACUGGAUCCUGGGAUGUUACCGCUUUAUUUAUUCUCACCUGUCACUCGUCAUCCCUCCCUCUCCCUGUUUACCUGAACUAGGGAGGGAGGGAGGAAGUGUAUGCUGCAAGAGAGGGAAGAUCAACCAAUGACAAGCUCCACCGCCAUCUCCGUCCCUCCGUCCUGUGAGGAGUCAGGGCGUUUCUCCUCUCCUUUCCUCUCUGCCCCUCUCGCUCUCUCUCUCUCUCUCUCCCUCUCCCUCUCUCUCUCCAACCAUACACGAAGCCCCUCUGCCUCCGAUCCCGUCCCAGACAGGAUGCGCUUGUGGUGCAGAGAAGGACCCACUGGGACCCAUCCAGCUCCACCCCCACUCUACACCCCACCCAGGCUCUCAGAUGCUUCCUCCUGGGUUAGCUUGUGCAGGGGGCUUCAGCUUUUCUCCGACCUGUCACCCCCUGUUGUCAGUGGUACACAGCAUGAUCUGGCAUGUUUUAAUUUCUCUCCUCUCUCUUCUUUUUUUUUUUCCGUUGGAUUUUUUUUUUUUUUUUUUUUU